AUGUCUCCACCUUUUUACUGUUCUCUGGUGUUUUCUCUUUCUUAUCUAGGUUCUUUUUCUCUUUUCCGACAUCUUGAUUAUUUCCCUCUUUUUCUCUUCUUUAUUCACUCCGCUUACACCCCUUCUUUCUUUCUGUCAUCUGCUUUCUUGUAUAUAAAUUUUCCAUCGCAUGUAUGUUUUUCUCGCUACUUUUCAGGAUUUAUCUUUCAUUCAUUCAUUCAUUCUUUUUUUUCCUUUCUUUUUUCUUUGCGUUUGGUUUUUUUCUUUCUCUCUUUCUUUUUCCUUAUCUUUUCGUUUGUUUUAUUUCUUCCUUUCCUUUUCUUUUUUUUCUUUGCGUUUGUUUUCUUUUUUCUUUCUCUUUUUCCUUUCCUUUUCUUUUUUCCUUGCGUUUGUUUUUUUUUCUUUCUAUCUUUCCUUUUCUUCUUUUUUCUUUGCGUUUGUUUUAUUUAUUUAUUUCCUUUUCUUUCCCUCUCUCUCUCUCUUUUUCCUUUCCUUUUUCUUUGCGUUUGUUUUUUUUCUUUCUCUCUUUCUUUUUCUUUGCGUUUGUUUUUUUCUUUCUCUCUUUCUUUUUCUUUUUCUUUUCGUUUGUUUUAUUUCUUCCUUUCCUUUUCUUUUUUUUUCUUUGCGUUUGUUUUCUUUUUUCUUUCUCUUUUUCCUUUCCUUUUCUUUUUUCCUUGGGUUUGUUUUCUUUCUUUCUAUCUUUCCUUUCUUAUUUUUUCUUUGCGUUUGUUUUAUUUAUUUAUUUCCUUUUCUUUCCCUCUCUCUCUCUUUUUCAUUUCCUUUUUCUUUGCGUUUGUUUUUUUCUUUCUCUCUUUUUUUUCUUUUUCUUUGCGUUUGUUUUUUUCUUUCUCUCUUUCUUUUUCUUUGCGUUUGUUUUAUUUAUUUCUUCCUUUUCUUUCCUUUUUUCAUUGCGUUUGUUUUCUUUCUUUCUUUCUCUCUCUCUCUCGCUCUCUCUCUCUCUCUCUUUGCUUUCUAUUUCUUUUUUUGCGUUUGCUUUUUUCUUUCUCUCUUUCUUUUUCUUUUCGUUUGUUUUAUUUAUUCCUUUCCUUUUUUAUUGCGUUUGUUUUCUUUCUUUCUCUCUCUCUUUCUCUCUCUCUCUCUCUCUCUCUCUCUAUCCUUUCCUUUUCUUUUCUUUUUUCUUUGCAUUUGUUUUCUUUCUCUCUCUUUCUCACUUUCUCUCUUUUUCUCUCCCUCUCUCUCUCUAUCCUUUCAUUUUCUUUUCUUUUUUCAUUGCGUUUGUUUUCUUUCUCUCUCUCUUUCUCUCUUUCUCUCUCUCUCUCUCUCUAUCCUUUCCUUUUCUUUUCUUUUUUCUUUGCAUUUGCUUUCUUUCUCUCUCUCUCUCUCUCUCUCUCUCUCUCUCUAUCCUUUCCUUUUCUUUUCUUUUUUCGUUGCAUUUGUUUUCUCUCUCUCUCUCUUUCUCGUUCUUUUCUCUCUCUCUCUCUCUCUUUCCUUUCCUUUUCUUUUCUUUUUUCUUUGCGUUUGUUUUCUUUCUCUCUCUCUUUCCCUCUUUCUUUUCUUUUUCUUUUUUUGCGUUUGUUUUUUUCUUUCUUUUUCUUUUCGUUUGUUUUAUUUAUUCCUUUCCUUUUCUUUUCUUUUUUCUUUGUGUUUGUUUUCUCUCUCUCUCUCUCUCUCUCUCUCUCUCUCUCUUUCCUUUUUCUUUUUUCUUUGCGUUUGUUUUCUUUCUUUCCUUUUCUUUACUUUUUUCUCUGCAUUUAUUUCCUUCCUUCUUUCCUUCCUUCCUUCCUUCCUUCCUUCCUUCCUUCCUUCCUUCCUUUCUUUCUUUCUUUCUUUCUUUCUUUCUAUCUACCUAUCUUCACUUCCCACUCUCUAUCUCUCUCAAUCUUCCUUGUCACUCCUCCCUUUUUCUGCUUUGCCUAUCUUUGCAACUCUCACACUAUUACUUCCUUCCUCCUCCCUCUUCCUUUUUUUCCAUAUCCUGUCCUCUCUCUCCCUACUUUCUUUGUCGGACCUCGUCUUGUUCACCUCUCAACCUCUUUCCUUUCCUCUCUUUCCUGA